AUGGCUGACCAUCGUGUUGUUUCCAGAGGAAACGUUUACCAACAUAUGUUUGAAGCUCAGGCUCAGCUGUCAGUGUCUCUUAACGAGACAAGGAGUAGUCGAGCUUCACGUACAGCCUGUCAGAGUGCGACUAACACCACUAACAGGAGCGAAGAUCCUGGGUGCCAGCAUCCGGCAAGAUAUCAAACUGGGACUGGAGAGUUCUCUGAGCUCACCACAAGAAACGGGAUGUUUUCCGGGCCGAAACCUGUAUUCAACAAAGAGCAGAGUGAACCUGAAGAGGUCAGAGGACUACCUGAUAGGAUUGUUUCAGCAAAGACAGGCUCAGACAUCAUUGAGAGACUCAUGGAGAAAAAACAAAGAGAGCACAAUGAAGCUGUCAUUCAGCUCCAAAGAGAUCUCGUUGCGCUCACUAUGCGGUUUGAGUCAUUGUUAAGGGAAACUGGAGAAGAUUUCCUUAUUAAACUGUCAGAAUAUGAUGAGGAGGUGGAGAGGUUGAUACAGAAAACAGAACAUAUUGGUGAUUUAGAAGCUUUCAGCUAUCAGGAUCUACAUGAGCUUUGGAACUCUGUGAGCCAUGUGACUGCUAUGAAGAGAAAUUGUAUCCAGGAGCUGGAUAAGCUGUUUGUCAAAUAUGAGCUUGAACGAGCAGCGAUGAUUACUGCAUUGCUACAGAAUCACACAAUGAAACUCGAGAAAAUCAGUUAUGUGAUGCCCAGUGGUGUCCACCGAUUAAUUAACCAUGAAGCUAUGAUGAUAAAUCAGGCAUUGCUGGCAAACAGACAAGCUGUGACCAAGCUCCAUUUGAACCUUAUGGAGAAAGAUUUGCAAAAAGAGGUUCUUUAUCACCAGAAAUGGCAGACAAAGCUUCAGGAGUGGAAAAAAAUAAAGGUUGCUGAUGCAGUCAGCCAGUUUAAAGAUUUCAUGAACAGCCCUGAGAUUCAAAACCCCAAAAAUGUACAAGACACUUUAAACACCAUGCGGACAAAACAAGAAGCAUACAAAGAGCAACGGCUCAAAAUUCUUGAGGAAGUCAGAAAUAUGAUCCCUCCCAACUCUUCAAAAUCAUCUGCUGCUGAUUGGUUCUCCUCUUUAUCAGCAGUUAAUGAGGAAAUUGAUUGCAUGCACAGUGAGACCAUAACACAACUGCGUGAAUAUUAUGAGAAUACCUGGCAAGUCUGUUUCUUGGAAGUUGAACACUUUAAGAAAGAACUAUCUAAGUGUGGAUUCACCCCAGACGAGGUACAGGACAUUUGUAAUAGUGAGAUGGUGCCUCUUAUUGGCAAGUGCCAGACCCAAGCAGAGGAGAGUUUAGCAGCAAUGGAAGAAGCAUUUAAGGGUUUGGCAAAAACUGCUGCACCCUUGACUAAGUCUUUGUUCAAGUUUGUUCAUGGAGCAGCUAAUGUCUGGGAGGUGCACUGCGCAGGUCUGCAGAGGACAGAGCAGCAGCUGCAGGAUUGUCUGGAUGAAGUCAGCAAGAAGUAUGAAGAAAAGAAUCAAAAAAAAGAGGCUCAGCUGGAUAUGUUGAUGGACAAACUCAGGCAGGAAAGUACAGAGGAGGACCUCAAAGCUACAAUGCAACAGAUACUAAACCAGUUGGAGGAAAUCAAGGAAGGGUGUGUCAAUUUUUAUAAGGAAGGAGUUGAUACAGUGGACACUUACCCUGUAAUGGUCCUAAAGGAAAUACACAUAUACAGCAUAGCAGUCAGUCAGUACUUCAACGUCAAUGAAAUAUACAGUCAGAACCCAGAGGAGCUUCAGAAACUUUAUCCUUCACUUACCCUCGGUGCAAGUAUAACAACGUCACCCUCAGUAAAUAUUUGCCCAGAUGCUUUCCAGGAAGUUACUCCUCAAGAACACGCUCCUGAUUUAGCUCAUGCUGAGGAGUUUAGAGACACACAGAAUAAUGAAACUUUCACAACAGUAAAGGGAAACAUCUACAGUUGCCCUGUAAUGCAGUGUGAUGAUGCUGAAGAGCAUUUGAAUGCUAUGGAAGUAGAAAUGUUUUUGUAUCCAAGUCUCAUAGCUGAACUGCAAAGACAUGUGAGAAGAAAGUUCUUUAAUCACCUUGAGGAGAGGAAUCAGGAGGUUCUGAAUCACACAGUGGCCAUCAUGGAAACCAAGAAAGAGAAGCUGAAGGCUGAGUUGGAUCUCCGCCUCCAUCUCCAUCAACCUCGAGCCAAGAGAAUUGAGAUGGACGUUUAUAAUGUCAGAGCAGCUGAAUUGGUCUUGCAUCAAGAUCGAGUGGAUCGACACUGCCAAGGUAUUCUACAGGCUUUAUCUGAUUUCCGAAAUGACUUCAACAACCUUCAGGCUACACAGCGCAAAAUAAAUGAAGAGUUUCGUACUAAAGUCUGUGGCAUGGAAGAUGCACUAUACAGUGCAACCAAGUCUGAGACGUUGGUGAAACUCAGUGCUUCGCUACAAUUCAUCUUGGCUGAACAUAUAAAUGACAUCCAGGAAUUACAGAGGCAAUUCAGACGGAAUUUGGAGAAUGGAUUUAAGGGCCUUAGAGAGGCAGAUGCACAACUAAAGAAACAUUUUAAGCUGUUUGCUGAAGGUGGUAAUUUUACCCCGAAAGAGAUUACCCAAUACAGAAAGAGUCUGGAGAAGACCACUAAGCUCAUUGACUCAGCUGAUGAGGCUCUAAUGCUGGACAUGCAGAGCACAGAAUCUAAAUGCCUGGGCCAGGGAAAAGAUGUAUUCCAUAAGUUCGAAGAGAAGCUCAAGUUUAUGAAAACGGAGCUGAUGUUCCUUGAGAAAAUCCAAAGUGCACUUAGAAAUACCCGCAUCCAGAUUAAAUCAGAGGUCAUGAAGAGCAACACUCAGAAAAAAAUGAUUGAGACUGUGAUGAGUGAACUGAAAGAGAAGCUUCAUGCCUACACACAACAAUGCAAUCUGAAAAAAAGGGUUACAUCUGGUGAUAUUUUUGGUUUAAUAUCUUCACUGAAAGAAGAACUCAGAAAGAGAUGUCAGUAUCUGGACUGUUAUCUGAACCCAUCUGUGGCUGUUCCACAGCCAGACACACCUCUACAGGGGCCAGCUGCAGUGGCUGCUUGUCUCCGAGCCCAUAAGCAGGAGAAAGUUGAAGACCCAGCUUCAGAUCCCCUUCUCCAGCCCAGCCACAUGGGAGCUUCCUUCAUAAAUGAUAAAGCUAUAGAGGUGAUCAGAGGACUGCUAAGUAAAUUUGAAACUCAAAAAAACCCACAUUACACAGGACUAUUUCCAAAUUUCAGGACAAGCAAACCUCCAAUUAGUCAACAUGUCAAUGAAGAUCUUAAAGAGAAAAAGUCAGUAACAGUAACAGCUCGUGGUAAGCCAAGCUCUCGUCAAGGGUCAAGAACAAAAGAAAAAGAGGCCCCGCACGGGAAAUCAGCCGAUGUUCGGUUCGAUAAAAGAUUCCAAGUGUUCGGCCCUAAACCUGAAUGUCAGCAGCAAAUCAUCACCUUCAAGGGUUUGAUCACUAACAUUCUGUGGGAAGGCAAUGAGCUUCUCCUCCAGGUGGCUCAGGACUUCUACAAUAAAAAGGACCACGCGAUCAGCCGUCCCCAGCAUAUUCAGCAAUCUUUUGAACUGUGUGCUGAGGACUUAAACAAGAAACUUCUUGUUUACCAGAGUCAUUCUCGAGAGUACCAUCAUGAUUGUGUACAAGAGUUCUGUAAGCAGCUGAAGGCCGUUGAAGAGAUUGUGUGUACAAUACCUGAAGCACUUUUAACGAAACUGCACGAUCAAUAUUUGGAGGACCUGAGACGGAGUUCGACACUCAUCCGCCAGCAGUUUAAGGAGACUCGGCAGCAAAGUGAACAAAAGAGGAGAAAACACAGCAGUCAGCUGUCUGUACGUCUGAGCCACCCAGGUUGCGAAGAAGAACUAAACAGGCUGGUCACGGCUGAGGAUGACAGGCAGGAAGAGCAGAGGAAGACUAUUGAGGAUACCAGAGUGGAACUCCAGGCUUGCAUUAAAAGCAAUGUAGAUGACUUCGUGACUUCACUCGCCACAUUGACAGAGAAAUUACUCCAUCAAUUGGACAACAUCCUGACCAUUGAUGAGAUCCAAGAUGGAGUGGUAGAACCAAAGCGAGAAAACUUCACAACACUUGUUCGUCAAAGACAAGCUGGUAUUCUACCAGAAGAGCAGAAGAAGAGACCCUUAUUGGAAAAAGGCACAAGAGUGUGGCCAGGAGUCAGUUACAUUGAAUACACCGGUAGUUCAUCUGUCACGCAACAGAAACAAGAGACAGCCACCAUCACUACAGUGAAAACCACAAAAGCACACCUUAAUGUUAUAGGGGUUCGAGAUACACUGCAUCAGAGUUACGAGAGGAAGAUCAUGGAUGAGUUUCAGAAUGUGGAGAAAUCUAGGCAGAAACAGGAGGCAGAACUGUUCUGUUGGCAAGAGCACUGGAGAAGCCAAUUAAAAAAACUUUCUUCACUCAACUCAGAAUAACUGUGCUGCACUCAAGGACUUUUUUUAUGUAAAAGAUAAACCUGACAAUAAGAAUAUAGGGUGCAAAUUUAUUAAUAACAGAAAAUGCAGACAUCAUAGUGCAUAAAGAUGUUUGGAGUAGCCUGAUGCCUGAUGUCUAUAUGCAGAAUUGUGGGGCAGACAGGCAAGCUCCUUGUGCUUGCACUCUGAUGAAGGACUGAGUGCAAAGUGCACCAGGAUGUCCUGGGUGAGGCCAACAAUGUGGCACCACACACUUUGCCCCUCAUAGAGCAUCAAGGUGACCCGAGUGAGGCCAAAAGGAUGGCUCUCCGCACUGCGCUCCAAUGAAGGAUUGACUGCAGAAAGCACCAAGGUGUCCAUGGUGAGGGCAAUAGGAUGGAUCCAAACACUUCCCUCCAACAAAAGUCAGACAGCACAAGGUGCCAGGGUGAGGUCAACAAGACAGCUCCUCACACUAUGCGCCAGGGAAAAGCUGAAUGACCAGAGUGCCAGGAUGUCCAGGAUGAGGCUGACAGGAUAGCUCCCAGCACUGCACUCCAAUUAUGGGCUCACAGGAUGGCUCUUCAUGCCAUGGGCUGACUGCACAGAGCUGAAUACAUGUUGUGUUUAAUCAUCUAAUGCUGUUUAAUGUCUGGAGCAAAGCAAGGAUUGUUAUUCUCUAGAGGAGAGCGAGGAUACCUUUAUUAGCUGUCAUCUUGCAGACAGCAGUGGUGAGUCAAUCUUUCUUUCCUUAUCUAGUUUUUCUUCUAAUUAAGUACAAUUUUGCAUUUCAUUUGGAAGUAACUAACCCUAACCCAUGGCUAAGAGUCUGGAGGAAAACUGGAGAGGCACAGAAUCCAAGUUACUUGUAGUCCAGUAUGAAGUUUCAACAGAUGGGGUACCGUGUCCACUGUGUUUCAUCAAAUGCAAAGUCAACACAGCCAUCUACCAAGAGAUUUUAAGAACACUUCUUGCUUCCGUGUGCUGACAAGCUUUAUAGAGAUGCCAAUUUUAUUUACCAGCACCAACUGGUUUGCUGACCAAUAUAAUUUCUCAGAAUUUCUGUAUUGUAUUUUUUAAAUAGAUUUUAGAAAAUAUAAUAAUAAUAUUUUGACAUACAGUAAUUGAUUUUUGAUUUCCAUGAUCUGUAAGCUGUAAUCAUUUAAU